AUGCCCACCAUCAUGGCAUCAAACGAUGCAAUUGACCGCAAGGUUUUGGAUGCCGCCGAGAAGGAGACAACUGGAGCUGGUCUUCAGAAGAAAGCAUGUGUUGGCGCAAAGGAAAUCGCCACUAGUGUCGAUCUAGAUCCGGCAUCAGACGAAGACCGUCAAGCCCAAAACACACAACAAGGGGGGGAUACCAUAGACAAUGGGAAUGAAGAUCGUCAGAUUGAGGAAGGAGCAGUGGGUUCAGUAGCAUCUCAUGGCGGUGACGACGGUGCACAAGCAGAAGAAAAGGAAAAAGAGGAAGCCACUGUCAAAAUCACGGCAUCAGAAGAAUCCAAGGAAGCCUCAAAGAGGUUCCGCGACGAGCAUGUCAAGAUUGGUAAGUCAGACAGGAAUAUUUUGGAGAACCCCACAGAGCUAUAUCUGCAAAUUCAGCACAAAAAGUGGGACGAUGCUCUAAAACAAGUAAAGAAGAACGCAUCAGAAGCAUCGGAAUGGAUAUAUCGAAAGGACAAGAAAGGGAAUAUGAUGUGGCGUCUACUGCCACUUCACGCAUCCAUCAUCCUAAAUGCACCCGAAACAUUGGUCAAGGCUAUUCUCUCAGCUUAUCCCCGCGGAGUUCAGUGUCAAGAUGAUCUGGGAAUGCUACCAAUUCAUCUGGCCUUUCGAGCAGGUAUCUCGCCGACCAUUGCGAAAUUGCUAUUGCAAGCAUAUCCACAGGCUACAGAAGUUAGGGAUUUCAAGGGACGCAGACCAUUGGGUCUAGCACAGGCAUCUUCGUCUCCCCAUCGCAUGGAAUUUUUGCAUUUGCUGAAACCACAACCAGUUACUUCUUUCACCAAAGAAGAUUUGGUUGCAGCGAGUGCUGAAGCUGUUGCUGCUGCGACGGAAGAGAAGCAAGCAGCCUUUAACAAACAGAUUGAGCAUAUGAAGAGGGUUUAUCAGGAAGAGAUCGAGCGAAUGCAAACUGAAGCAGCAAAAAUGGAUGAAACCAAUAGGGCUCUUCAAGAAUCACUGGCCCGUAAAGCAGACAAGGAAAAUGAAGAGAGCUUAAAAGCCAUCGAUGCGAAAAUCGAAGACAACUCGAAAGCCAAGGAAUGUGCUGAAAAGCAAGACCCAGUUGAUGCAAAAGAAGCAGAAGACGAUUUUGCAACUCUUGCUGCGGUACAUACAAAGCUAGCACUAAUGGAGAAGGCCCACAAAAAAGAGAUUUCAGGCAUCGUAGCCGAGGCUGAAUCGAAAGAAGAACAAUUGGAAAAGCUCGUGAUUGAGCACUUUAAGGCUCUCGAGGAAGUUAAAAGCAAGAUGGGUGAGAUGGAAGAUGAUCAUAAACAUGUGAUCAAUCGCUUAAUCGACGAGCAAAAGAUGAAGCUGAAGGAGACCCAGAUUGAAUAUGAAGGAGGAAACUCCAAGCUUAUUAAAGAACUCCGAGCGAAGAUAAGCGAAAUCUCAGCAGCUCACGAAACCGAGGUCAAUCAAAUCAAGGGAAAAUUUGCUCUACAACAGGCAAAACUUGAAGCCGAGAUUACAGAAGAGCGUAGAACAUAUCAGAAGAAAUUGAACGAGUUGAAGGACUCCUCGGACGAAAAGUCUGAAUGUGGUGCCACUUCUCUCUGUGGGGAUCUUGAAACAGUUGCCAGUGAGACAGAGAACAAGAAUGCCAUGAAAAUUGCGGAACUCGAAACCAAGCUAGAGGCACUACAGCAGGCCAAAAGUGAUCUCGAGAAAUCGCAACUGAAAGAAAUGAAGGCACUCAAGGAAACGGCUACAGCAGAAGUGAAUAAACUACAAAAAUCACUGAAAAAUCUCGAAACCAUUUCUAGUGAGACAGAGAACAAGAAUGCCCUGAAAAUAACGGAACUCGAAACCAAGCUAGAGGCACUACAACAGGCCAAAAGUGAUCUUGAGAAAUCGCAAUCGAAAGAAAUGAAGGCAAUCAAGGGAAAGGCUACAGCAGAAGUGAAUAAACUACAAAAGUCUCUGAAAGAUAUUGAGACCGUUGCCAGCGAGACGGAGCACAAGAAUGUUAUGAGAAUUGCGGAACUCGAAUCCAAUCUAGAGGCACAAGAAAAGGCCAAAAGCGAUCUAGAGAAAUCGCUCCUGACAGAAAUGAAGGCACUCAAGGAAAAGGCUACAGCAGAAUUGGAUCAACUACAAAGAUCACUGAAAGAACUUCAAGACAAAGCCGCCAAGCAAUCUGCUGAGGCGGAUGCAGCGAUGGAGGACUUGAAGAGUCAAUUGAACACUCUUGUUGGUUCUAAGAAAGAAUCUACGCAAGCCCUUUCUGAAACAUUGGAUCUUUUGGAGAGUCAGGAAAUGCACUGGACAGAAGAGAACAAAGGACUGAAUGCAAAGAUUGAGGAGGCCGAUGCUGCUUUGAAUUCCAAGAAUGAGCUCAUCACGAACCUGCAAGCACUCCUAGAUGACAAGACAAAAAAAAAUGAAAAGGCGAAACAAAGCUUUCAAGCACGUGAAUCCGAGCUGCUAAAAACAAUUGAAGAGUUGGAGGCGGAUAUCAAUUCCAUGACUAUGGAUCUGGAAGUGGAAACAGCAAAGACGAAGCUGCUUCAAGCUGAAGUUAAUCAGCUAGGAAACAAAUCAGAGUCCAUGCAAGCAACAAUUGAUGCAGAGAAAGAGGCCAGUGAGAUACAGAACGAAGAACACAAGAAAGAACUGGCGCAGUUGGAGUCCAAGAUGAGAACAAUUGAGGUGGAUUUGGCCGCAGAAAGGACACAGACUGGCCUUCUUCAAGUUCAGAUCCAUCAGCUGAAGGACAAGGAGCUUUCCAUGAAAGAGACCCUAAAAGCUGAGAAAGAAACAAAUGACAUCUUGACACAGCAGUUGGAAGAAACAACAAGCAAAUCAGAGUCCAUGCAGGCAGCAAUUGAUGCAGAGAAGGAGGCCAGUGACAUGCAGAACGAAGAACACAAGAAAGAACUGGCGCAGUUGGAGUCCAAGAUCAAAACAAUGGAGUUGGAUUUAGCCGCAGAAAGGACACAGACCGGGCUUCUUCAAGUUCAGAUUCAUCAGCUGAAGGACAAGGAGCUUUCCAUGAAAGAGACCCUAAAAGCUGAGAAAGAAACAAAUGACAUCUUGACACAACAGUUGGAAGAAACAACAAACAAAUCAGAGUCCAUGCAAGCAAUAUUUGAUGCAGAAAAGGAGGCCAGUGAGAUCGUAACCGAAGAACACAAGAAAGAACUGGCGCAGUUGGAGUCCAAGAUGAGAACAAUUGAGGUUGAUUUAGCCGCAGAAAGGACACAGACCGGGCUUCUUCAAGUUCAGAUCCAUCAGCUGAAGGACAAGGAACUUUCCAUGAAACAGACCCUGGAAGCCGAGAAAGAAACAAACGAUAUCUUGGAACACCAGUUGGAAGAAACCACAAACAUGCUAGAGAAUGGACCAUCGAAGGAGGCAGUAGACAAAUUCAAGGGCGAACUUGAAGCAGUCAAGUCGAAACUUGCCGAAAAGGAAGAAGAAGAAGAACAGACUAAUCUCCGAAUACAAGAUAUGCUUCAGAAAGAGAUCGAUUUGAACAAGCACAUCGAAAGUCUCAUUGAAAAGAUGAUGAAAGUGAAGCAGAGUAGCAAGAAUAUCGAAGCAAAGAUGUUGCGACAAAUGGAAACUCUUCAGACCGAAAAGAAUGCACUUCAAGGGACAAUUAUGGUGCUCUCGAGAUCCUUGACACAACAGCAAGAUGAAUUGGAGUUGGCUGGAAAUGAGUCCAUCUGA